AUGAGAAACAGUAGUGAAGCUCAGCAAACGGCGGUGAUUGCACCGCCUUAUCUCAACGGAUCUGCACAAUUUAUUUCCGGCGGAUAUACCGAUUAUGUAUCACGUCAAUCCUGGAAUCAGUAUCAUGUUUCACAACAACAUUUACAUACACAGCAACAACCGAAGACUGGCAGAGGUAGUAGACCUUUUUCUCAUCCUCCGCCACCGCCUAUUAUUCAAAGAAAUAAUUAUCAUAACCAAAAGAGUAAUUCUCUUCCACGUUCGCAUAUUAAUAGUUCUGGAAGAUGCACAACACCAUCGAAGGUUGAUCCCGAGCUAAUAUUUACAAAACAGGAAAGGAUAGGAAAAGGCAGUUUUGGAGAAGUAUUCAAAGGAAUUGACAAUAGAACUCAGCAAAUCGUGGCUAUAAAGAUAAUUGAUUUAGAAGAAGCUGAAGAUGAGAUCGAAGAUAUACAACAGGAGAUUAUGGUGCUGUCGCAAUGCGACAGCCCUUACGUCACUAAAUAUUAUGGAUCUUAUCUUAAGGGUACUAAGCUUUGGAUUAUUAUGGAGUACUUGGGUGGCGGUUCAGCUUUAGAUCUUAUGAAGGCUGGAAGUUUUGAAGAAAUGCAUAUCGCUGUGAUCUUACGUGAAGUACUUAAAGGUCUUGACUAUCUUCACAGUGAACGUAAAUUACAUCGUGAUAUUAAAGCAGCCAAUGUUUUACUAAGCGAAAUGGGAGACGUUAAAUUAGCUGAUUUUGGUGUUGCUGGACAAUUGACCAAUACGACAAGUAAGAGAAAUACAUUUGUUGGGACGCCUUUUUGGAUGGCGCCGGAAGUCAUUAAACAGUCGGCCUAUGAUUCUAAGGCAGAUAUUUGGUCAUUAGGAAUCACAGCCAUAGAAUUAGCAAAAGGUGAACCACCGAACAGUGAACUUCAUCCAAUGCGAGUGCUCUUUUUAAUUCCCAAAAACAAUCCACCUCAAUUGACUGGUAAUUAUACGAAACAGUUUAAAGAAUUCGUGGAAGCAUGUCUAAAUAAAGAUCCAGAAAAUAGACCUACAGCAAAGGAGUUAUUGAAAUUUCAAUUUAUUCGUAAAGCGAAAAAAAAUUCUUAUCUGAUCGAUCUUAUAGAUAGAUAUAAAAAAUGGAAAUCACAACGUAGUGAAGAAUCUGAAACAGAAAGUGAAAAUUCAGAUUCUGAAGAAUCGAAGCAAGAUAGUGACAUGGACGAACCGUGGAUAAUGACUGUUAAGGGGCCGCAUGGAGCAAAAACUUCUGUGAUGUCGACUUUUGAAGAUCAAUUAUCCUUAUUAAGUCAUACUCCCAAUCAUAGAUCAGUAGGCCAUAGUCAACAGCAAGUUAAAGCCCACGCAAAUGGUAGUGCUAAAUCACCACCAAAAGAUUCGCCAAUAAACAAUUAUCGUAAUGAAUCACGUGAUUUAUUACGUGAUGUACAAAUGAAACAUAAUACACCGUCUCGACCUCAUGAAGCAGCACCACCACCCCCAGUAGACCUACGAGAAAAUAAAGACAGUCGAGAAUCUCGUGAUUCACGAGAGCUUAAAGAAAUUCGUGAUGUCAGAGAUAGGGAAAAUAAUACUCGCGAAAAAAGAAAUAGCAAAUCUGAUGUAUCUACUACACCUAUGACUGAUCAUAAAUCAAAUGAGGACAAACUACGUCCAAGAAGCUCGCAAGAACCUAAACAUUCACGCAGCGCAACGCUUACUACUGUUAUUUUUCCGAUACUAUCAGAGCUUCAAGGCAAGUAUCAAUUUUCAUCAAGGGACAAUAAAAGCGAUAAUGCUGUUACUAGAAAUGGUGGAUCAAUCGAUGAGCUGAGAAGUGCCUUUGAACUGGCGGAACGUACCUCGCCAGGCAUCAAUGAAAUUUUCGUUAAAGAAAUAUUUAAGGCCUUACUUCCAGCAAACCAUUCAGAUAGCAGACUUUCAAUGAUAAUGGAGAAAAUUGCACUACGGUAA